UCAGUAUAAAGUGUACUUUUGAUACAUAACACAUACUACCGCCCUCCAGCCACAGCGUGUGCAGCUGAGAUAAAAGGGCUAGCGAACCUAGCCCAUCACGGCACAGCUUGGGUCAGAAUAUUUAAAUUCACGUGAUUUGUUUUCUGUAACUGUAUCACAACCCGCUCUUUGCUGAUAACACCAGUGUAUCUGCAGUUUAUUCCCCGUCGCCUCCGAGCUUCAAACUCGACCAGGGACCCGCCACAUACUGGGCGUAUCUCAUGCGUUGCUGAGCAGGUGUACCAAGGGUGGCAUCGGGUCCGGCCCCAGGCGAUCUGGCCAGCUGCGCCAUUGAUCCGAUCAAGAGCAAACUUGCAAUUGUUGCGUUUGCAGGAUUCCCGGCCACGAUGCACUUUAUAGCGAUUUGCGCUUACGAACACGCUAUUUUGCUGUUUUCCUGCCAGCCCCUAGGCCGACUACUACGCGACCUGCAAAGCCCCUUGUUCGUGGCUGUUCAAACGGCUGCCGAGCCGUUUCUCUUCGCUGCUUUCCCCACUCCCAAACUUUUCAGCCAUUUUUAUCCCCUCUUGCCUUCUAUUGUACCCUGUCAAAACCCCUGGGAGAAAAUGGCCAUGGUACCGGAGACAGCGCAUUGCUGGAUUUGCGGGGUGUUUGUGGAGGGUAUUGGCGACCUCUACAGCUCCGUGGAGUUGAAGACGUGGAAGGAGAAGAUGCCCGAGGGCUGCGACCCCGCCAAGUGUGAGCACGACGUCAGCAUCUUCCGUAUCUGCGCCAGCGAAAUGUACACCGAGCAGAUACGCUUCCUGAAUGUGUACAGCGGGGUCAGCCCGCGCAACCACGGCUGCUACACCGACGGCCCGGGCGGCCUGGUGUUCAUCGACGACGACCCUGUGUUUGCCGAGCACGAGCUCAGCAUCAUGUGUGCGAGCGAGAUGACCGAGGAGUACAACAAGCCGCUGGCCAUGAGCGUGGGCGAGGCGGCAAAUGAAGUGACCGACAUUCUUGUUGUCGUGGUCCACGAUAUGUGCCUGGAGAUGCUGACGGCAGAGCUCGACCGGCAAAGGAUUCCGUGGACAUACCGCGGGAUUUUUGCGAAUGCAUGCGACAGCGGCAGGCAUGUCAUGGAUCUGGACGUCGACGUUCCGGGGCUGAAGCGCAGCGAGACCGACAAGGUCAAGGAAAUCCUGCUCAACGACGAAGAGUACAAUGUGUCGGACCUGUGGAUUAUCUCGAGCCCCAAGUACGCGCCGGCGCCAGUCUAUCUACAGCCCCACGAGAACCCGCGGGAGGUAUUCAAGACCGUCGACUCGCAGGAGAAGUCGCAGCUGCUGAGCCUACCGCCAGAGAUGCUGGAGCUGGUUAUGAGCUACCUGGACGAGGAGUCGCUGAUCAGCAUGGGCCUGUCGUGCAAGAAGGUGGCCAAUAUGCCUGGGUUUUGGCGGUGGAUAUUCCUUGCUACAUUCAAAAUCGCCAGCGCCAAGGGCUGGAUCGACUGGCACCAGUACUACCGGCGCGCGCUGCGGUUCCGCCUGAACUUUAUGAGCCGCGCGCGCAUCACCGGCGUUGUGCGGCACAACAUCGCCCAGUAUGACUCGUGGUCGCGCCAGCUCAGCACCGAGGCGCUGGAGUUUGCCGAUGGGUUCCUGGUACACUACGGCAAGACGAUCGAAGACUACUGCUGAGCCAACCCCCAAAAGUCAAAUACACGCCGCCCCUGAAACCGCCGCACGCCCUCUCUUUGCUCCAGCCGCUUCCCUUUUCCCUCCUAAUUUCUUUAUUUUAACAAUGUCGUUUACAAUUCACUGGGAGAAGCUGGACAAGAAGGUUGCGCAGAGCAUCCAGCAGCAGCUCAACAGCUUUUUCGCGCGGCUAGAGAAGCGGCCGGUGUUCCUGGGCGACAUUACAGUCGAGGGUCUCGAUUUCGGCAGCACACCGCCCGACAUUGAAAUUC